AGCCCAGAAAAUCUCUAAUAGAAUAAUAUCGUUUGUUUCAAAAUUCUAGCUCCUCAGUUUUACACAGCGCUAUAUAUACACAGCGAGUAUAUGACAUUUGUUUCCAUUUUCGACUCAUCAAUUUCAUUACCUUUUCCUAACCUCUUUCCAUGUUCACAAAUAAUCAUCAUCAUCUCUUCAUAAUUGACAAUUCUCUCUAGCCCAAUUUGAGUCAAACAAAUUUAGCACCACUCAAAAAACUAGCCUCUUGUUUUCUUCAAUUUUCGCGCACAUGGAUCACAAAAAUGGGAGCCGAAACAUAAUAUUUCACAAGUACGAGAUGGGAAGGCUACUAGGCCAAGGCACUUUCGCCAAAGUAUAUUAUGGCCGAAACAUCGACACUUCUGAAAACGUCGCCAUAAAGGUCAUCAACAAAGAUCAAGUCAAGAAGGAAGGCAUGAUGGAUCAAAUCCAACGCGAAAUCUCCGUCAUGCGUUUGGUCCGACACCCCAACGUCGUCGAAUUAAAAGAAGUUUUGGCGACGAAACAGAAAAUAUUCUUCAUUAUGGAGUAUAUCAAAGGCGGCGAACUUUUCGCAAGAGUCGCCAAAGGUAGACUCAAAGAAGAUGUCGCCAAAAAGUACUUUCAGCAACUAAUAAGCGCUGUUGACUAUUGUCAUAGUCGCGGUGUCUAUCACCGCGACCUUAAGCCAGAGAAUUUACUGUUAGACGAAAACGGAGACCUCAAGGUCUCCGAUUUCGGGUUAUCCGCGUUGCCUGAGCAGCUCAGGAACGACGGAUUGUUGCACACGCAGUGCGGAACUCCAGCCUAUGUUGCGCCAGAAGUGUUGCGGAGAAAAGGAUAUGACGGUGCGAAAGCUGACAUUUGGUCCUGCGGGGUAAUUUUGUAUGUUUUGUUAGCUGGUUUUUUGCCAUUUCAGGAUGAAAAUAUGAUGAAGAUGUACAAUAAAGUAUUUAAAUCGGAAUACGAAUUUCCUCCGUGGAUGUCAUCUGAAGCGAAAAGGCUUAUAUCGAAGUUGUUAGUGGCGGAUCCUGCUAGGAGAAUUACAAUUUCGGCUAUUAUGAGAGUACCGUGGUUUUCGAAAGGCUUCACUAGAUCAAUUUCGUGUCCUAUUUUAGAUGAUCAAGUUGAAGAUGGACAGGAAAUUGCGCGCACAAAAUCGCCGCCGCCUUUUUACAAUGCAUUCGAGUUUAUUUCAUCGAUGUCAUCGGGUUUUGAUUUGUCGAAUUUGUUUGAGAAUAAACGGAAAUCAGGGUCCUUGUUUACAUCGAAGUGUUCAGGUUCGACGAUUAUGGCGACACUUGAAACGGUUGCGAAAACGUUUAAUUUUAGAGUAGUGUGGAGUAAGGGAUAUAAGUUGAAGAUGGAAGGGGAAAGCGAGGGGAGAAAAGGUAAAUUGGCGGUGACGGCAGAGGUGUACGAGGUGGCACCGGAGGUAGCGGUGGUGGAAUUCUCUAAAGCGGCUGGCGAUACGUUGGAGUAUAAGAAGUUCUGCGAGGAGGACGCGAGGCCUGCGCUUAAAGACAUUGUUUGGAGCUGGCAAGGUGAAAAUAACUGUCAAUCAUAAAUCUUCAAGCAUCUAUUUGUGAACAAACAAACAAAUCGCAACUUGUAUAGUUUUGUGUAGAUCUAUUUGAGUUGAAUCGGGCUGGGUGUGGUGAUUUGUGUUGAAUACAAGUUUAUGUUCGAUAUGAAUUGAGGGUUUUAUCUUUUUGUUUAACUAGUUAACAUGCUUGUAAUAUUUCAAGUCUUGUUUUUGAGCUUGUACAGAUGAACCUAUAGUUUUGUAAUUCGAGUUUCAGUUAGAAAAGAAAGUAGUUUGUACUUC